GGGCAUGGCUCCUGCUGCUGUGGAGCUGUCCCAAUUCGCAAAUGGCGAGACCAGCGUCAAGAUCCUGACCAGUAUUCGAGAGAAGGACGUGUUUGUGAUUCAAUCAGGUAGCAGUAAGAUCAAUGAUAGUAUCAUGGAGCUUCUCAUCUUGAUCUCUGCUUGCAAGGGCGGUUCAGCAAACAAAAUUACAGCUGUUUUACCAUAUUUCCCAUACAGCAGACAAUCGAAGAAGAAAUCACAUCGAGGUGCAAUCACUGCACGUAUGCUUGCGAAUCUCCUCGACGUUGCCGGAAUCAAACAUGUCAUUACCAUCGAUCUACAUGCUUCGCAGAUGCAGGGCUUUUUCAGAUGCCCGGUUGACAAUCUACACGCGGAGCCAUUGAUUGCGCGAUGGAUUAGGCACAACGUUCCGAAUUGGCAGGAAGCCGUUUGCGUAUCGAAAAAUGCUGGAGGCACAAAACGAGUCACAUCAUUAGCCGACGCGUUGAAGCUCAACUUUGGCAUAGUCACGACGGACAAAAAACGAGGUGGUGUCAAUAUGACUGCGAGCAUGAUCAUGAAUCGAUUGGAUGGUUACGGUCCGGAGACGGAAUUGGAUUCUGAUGUGAGCAAGUUGCAUAUUGGAAGUGGAAGUCACAUGGGCAAACACGGAUUAAAGCUCGAGCUUAAGCCAUUGCCUGCUGAGCGGGAAGAACAAAAACUGGAGCAGGCGCCUCAAGAAACGACUCCACCCCGUCAAACACAUACGCGACAGGAUAGCAGCCAAUCCUCACCUCGAAAGUCCCAGCAAGGUAUGCCUUCUCCUCGGAGAACUGCUCACCACCAAAGUCCGAAUCCGAAUACAUCAACAAGGUCGCCCCUCCACCGCGCACAACCCACCCCAGCCCGGUCAUUACCAAUACAAGAAGAGAUAGAGUUCACCGACGAGAGGGCUAGAGAUAUAACACACGGUCGACUUGUCCAGGGUCAUAUUGUACCGGAUGAUUGGCCUUCACCAACACAAUCUGCUAUGUCAACCUCCCAAAUCCUCGAACGUCCAGACGAAGACCCAAUGGAAAUGUCAAGGAAUUCCUCAUUCUUCAACCCAGAAGGACACGCGCUCGGCGGUACUGCAGAUGCGACCGCAACUUCAGAUGAAGAAGAGGAGGGUUUCAACGACCCAACCCUGGAGCAAAUGAUCACAUUAGUUGGAGACGUACGAAACCGAACGGUCUUCAUCGUCGAUGACAUGAUCGACAAAGCCGGAAGUUGGAUCGCAGCAGCAGAAUGUGUCGUCAAGCGUGGCGGCGCGAAGAAAGUCUACUGCAUCGCCACCCACGGUCUUUUCGGUGGCGAUUCUCUCGAGGAACUCCAAGACUGCAAUUGCAUCGACACCAUCCUCGUCACAAAUUCAUUCCCCAUCUCCCCCGAAAAGGCACGCGCUACCAAGAAACUCGUUAUCCUUGACUUGUCGAAUCUACUCGCAGAGGCAAUUCGCAGAAACCACUAUGGAGAGUCGAUUUCCGCGCUAUUUACGCAUACUUAUGACUAGAAGCGCCGGCGUUGACGAUUAAUGAUUGUAAGAUUCAUGUCCCCUUGCUUUGAUUACCAGCGUGGCGUCGGGGGGCUUUAACCUUCUUGCUGGAGCAAGAAGUUGGCGGAGUAGUUAUUGAAAUUCAAGAUACCUUGCUUUUUUGAUCUCCCUUGAUGAGUUACAGUGAUGCAGUCAUUUUGAACAUAGGCUGCUAGGCAGCUUUCACAUUACCCAGCG